AUGGUCAACAACGGCAAGCCUCGCCUCUCCAUUGGCGAGAAACUGAAGCUGAUCGGGGUUUCGCUUUUUGUCGCUCCUUGUAUGCUCGCCAUCGUUGGUGCACAGGUGCUUUUGUUCGCCAUCCGGAACAACUUGAACAUUCGGCUGUAUCUUUUGAGUGCCGGUGUUAGCGUUAUCUUUAGUACCUUUACGGCUCGCGAAAUCCAAACUUUGCUUCCAUCUACCGAAGACGUAUACAGAGCAUGGAUUCAGCGAAAAGCUAGGCUUGCCAGGGAUCCAGCGCUCAAAGAGCGGCUCCAAUGCGAUAUACAACCUCUCUCUGAUGGCAACUCAAGCAUUCUCUGGGUUGGAAACCGCCACAAAGCCCGCAAGGUGGUACUCUAUCUUCACGGCGGAGGAUAUGUCAUGCCGAGCCAAGCAGGACACUUUGAAUGCGUGUGGAAUACAUUCGUUCUCUCUGGACUAGAGUCGGAUACUGAGGUAGCUGUGGCUUUUCUACAGUAUUCCCUGGCUCCCGCUUCGAAAGUUCCCGUACAGCUUUGUCAGGCUGCAUCUGCUCUCUCCGAGAUUCUCAAAGCAGGCUUCAGCGCCAAAGAUAUCGUCAUUGGCGGCGAUUCUGCUGGUGGCAACCUCACCAUGCAAACUCUCAAGCAUUUAGUCGAGCCUCAUCCUGAAGCUUGUCAUAUCGCAUUAGAUGAGCCUCUGUCGGCUGCUGUGUUGGUGUCGCCGUGGCUCAGUACUGAGUACUCUAGCUCCUCAUGCCUGGAAUACGAUAGCAGUGAUAUGCUCUCGAGAGCUGUCAUGCGCUCACUUACGGCAUAUGCCUCCGGUUAUGAAGAGCAGAGCGACUCGGACGAGACCAACAGUUGGGCAAAGCCUCUUGAAUGCAAAGGGGCUUGGAUAGGCAAGCUUAACAGUGCUGUCAGGAAGAUUCACAUGACUGUUGGUGGGAGGGAGAUUUUGGCCGAUCAGGCAACUUCAAUGGCAAAGGCCAUUGAAGCCAUGAAGACGGGUGUCCAAGUAACGCUGGAGAGCGACCCAAACGCGGCCCAUGACUUUAUUGUAGCCGAAGGAAUAUUAGAACAAGUCGGCGAGGCGACGAUAAGAAUGAAGCAGUGGUUCAAGGGAUUGCUAUGA